CCCCGCGCGCUCAGUCCGCCCCUUCCAGCCAUGGAGGCGGAAGCGGCGCACGCCUCGGCCCUCCUGCGCGGCCUGGCAGGGCUGCGCGCCGAGCGGGCGCUGCUGGACGUGACCCUCCUGGCCGGCACCGGAGAGGAAUUCGGCGCGCAUCGCGCCGUGCUGGCCGCAGCUUCGGGCUACUUCCGAGCCAUGUUCGCCGGCGGCUUGCGCGAAGCCCGAGCCUCCCGGGUGAGGCUGCACGGAGUGGAGCCGGACUGCCUGGCGCUGCUGCUGGACUUCGCCUACACCGGCCAGCUGGGCGCCCUGAGCGGGGAGCCCCAGCUGGCCGAGCGCCUCCUGCGCGCCGCCGACCUGCUGCAGUUCCCCGCGGUCAAGGCUGCCUGCGGCGCCUGGCUGGCCGCCCGCCUGGAGCCCUGCGCCGCGCUGGACCUGCAGGACUUCGGCGAGACCUUCGCCUGUGCCCCGCUGGCCGAAGCCGCCCGCCGCUGCGUCCUGCGCCACGCGGCCGAUCCGGACGGGGAGCUGGGCGCGCAGCUGGAGCGCGUCCCCUUGGCCAGGCUGGUCUCCUACCUGCGCGAGGACGCGCUGCGCGUGCCCAAGGAGGAGGCCGCCUUCGCGCUGGCCCUGCGCUGGGUGCGCGCCGAGCCGGGAUCGCGCGCGGGGCUGCUGCCCCAGCUGCUGGCCCACGUGCGCCUGCCCUUCGUGCGGCGCUUCGCCCUGCUGGCGCAAGUGGAGGGCGAGCCGCUGGUGGCCCGAUCCGCCGCUUGCCUGCGCCUGGUGGCCGAGGCCAGGCUCUUCCAAGCCGGCCGGCUGGAUCGGCACGAGAGAGCGCCCUGCGCCCGCCUGCGCCCGCGCCCCUCCACCGGGCUGGCCGAGCUGCUGGUGGUGCUGGGCGGAUGCGACCGGGAUUGCGACGAGCUGGUGACCGUGGACGGCUUCAACCCGCGCACGGGCCACUGGCGCUACCUGGCCGAGUUCCCCGAGCACCUGGGAGGCGGGUACAGCGCCGUUGCCCUGGGCAACGAUGUCUACGUCACCGGCGGCUCCGACGGCUCGCGGCUCUAUGACUGCGUCUGGCGCUACAACUCCAGCGUGAACGAGUGGACGGAGGUGUCCCCCAUGCUGAAAGCCCGCGAGUACCACAGCUCGGCCAUCUUGGACGGCCUCCUCUACAUCGUGGCGGCCGACAGCACCGAGCGCUACGACCACACGCUGGACAGCUGGGAGGUCCUGCAGCCUAUGCUCUACCCCAUGGACGACUGCUCCACCACCACCUACCGUGGGAAGCUCUACGCCACCGGCUCCCUGGCCGGCAAGGAGUCCCUGGUCAUGCAGUGCUACGACCCCGGGUCAGAUCUCUGGUCCCUGGUGAACUGUGGGCCCCUGCCCCCCUGGUCCUUCGCCCCCAAGGCGGUCACUCUUGGGGGGCUCAUGUACUUCAUCAGAGAUGAUUCAGCUGAAGUUGAUGUCUAUAACCCAGCCAAAAACCAGUGGGACAAAAUCCCUCCAAUGCUCCAGGUGCACGUGGGAGGCAGCCUAGCCGUGCUCGGAGGUAAACUCUACGUCUCCGGCGGUUAUGACAACACUUUUGAACUCUCCGCCAUGGUGGAGACGUACGAUCCCGAGAGCCGCAAGUGGAGCGUGGCCGGCCAGUUGCCGGAGCCCAUUUUUUGGCACAGCAGUGUCAGCAUCUUCCGCCAGUUCAUGCCGGAGACGCUGGAGGAGGAGGAGGGGAAGCAGGUGCUGGAAGACCCCUUCGCCCCCAACCCUCCCAGACAAGACUUGCAGGAACUGCGUUAAGGGGGCCGAGAGGUUGUCGGGUCUGUUGUGGCUUGUCAGUGGCCGGUGCUCCUGUGGUACCCCUUGGGGUUGGGAGGUGAUGGCGCCCUGUUGGCCUCGCCAAGUUGGUUGAUCCUGUCCAGGAGUUCCGCAGGUCUUCUCUGUGGUGGACCCAGGAAUGGGGUGGCAUUGCAGGCUGAUUCCCGAAGGAUUAAUUGGGGAGUGGGACAGAGCUUUGGGGGUUCAGCUCUGGACAGGGUGGGAAGGAAGAAGGUGGGACCUUGAAGGGAAGGUCUUCCGUGCGAGGAGAGGGUGCAAUUCAGAAUUCAUAGGUCAACUUUUCUAUACUGGUCAAAAAAGACUUUAAAAAUGAUGCCCCGCCCCUCCUGUUUGUGACAUUGUGUAUGGUCCCAGAGAGAAGGGUCUGGAUGGGGAGAUUAGUCCACCACGGGUUAGCUUAGGGUUUGGAUAGAUGAUCCCAAGGGGACCCUUCCUGGUUUCUGCUUCUCUACUGUCACCCAAUCAGGUUGCAGAGCGCUUCCUUUCAACAUGCCGUGCCAUCCAUUCCUUGGCAUUUGCUUGGGGGGGGGGAGAAGGAAGAAUGUAUUGUGCUGCCUGUCCCCGCACUGAGCAAGGGGGUUGGGCUGGAUGACCUCUACGCCCUCCCACUUCCCACCUUUAAUUUCUGUCAUUUUGCGUCUGGAAAGAGAGGCCAUAAUAUUUUUUCUUUUUUUCUGGGAGAAAUUGCACAUCGAACCAGUGUGCCUUGGAGGCAAAAAAACAAAGCCUCAUAUUAAUGCCUGGGUAACAAACCAACUUUGGCAGAAAAAGACAUCUUUAAUUUACCAAAUUAAGGAAUUUUGAAGUUGUUUUUUUGCUGCCGGGCUGAACUGGUGCCCUGCCUCUGCCAUUCGUCAAGAGGACUAGUGUCGUGGAACAAAAAUAAACUAUUAUCUUUUGCAGUUUUUUUUAAGGAGACUGUUCCCAAUGGCCUAUCAUCUCCACCAUGGAGAAAAAGAUAUUUUUAUAGAUGUAAUUUCUACGCACCCGCCUAGAACGGAGGCCGUGUGAGUUUAGAACGGACCGACAGGACUUUCCUUCCAGCGUCGCAACUUGGAUCCGUUUUACCCGUUGCAACUCUGCAAUUGCAAAAACCCUACCCGUAUACAGGUAGUCCUCGACUUACGACCGAUCAUUUAGUGACUGUUCGAAGUGACAACAGCACUGAAAAAAGUGACUUAGGACCGUUUUUCACACUUACGACCGUCGCAGCGUCCCCGCGAUCACAAUCCGGUCGUAAAAUGGGGCAAAAUUCACAACAAAUGUUUUCACUUUCAAAACUUGGGGCAAAAUUUUGUGGUCGCUAAAUCGAGGAUCGCCUGUAUCUUUUUAAGAGGGCCUCGUUUCCCACACGGCCAUUUACAGACCCUGCUGGUGGUUCUGCUUUUUAAUACCUUCCAAUGUACGAGAAUUAUUAUAUUUUUUUUGUGGCUGGGCUGUUCCACGGAGGGGACAGUUUGCAACCUCUGUUCCAAGCCGGACGUUUGGGAGGAAGGGGUAGUUUUUGUAUUUAUUGAAUGUUUAAAUGUAGUCCUUGCACUUGGCCUAAAGUACUGUAGACUUCCUGCUCCUUCGAAGCAAAACUAUUCUGGGUUUGGUAAAGCUUCCUUUUCGAAAACUUGCAAUGUGCCAAAUAAAAGAGACAUGGCUGAU